AUGGGUUCCGCAGGCUUCGACAUUGAUGCCAUCCGCGCGCAGUUCCCCGCUCUGGCCCAAAAGCAGGUCUUCAUGGACAACGCUGGAGGCUCGCAGGUCCUGGGUAGUGUAAUCGACUCCAUCGCCACCUACCUUCGCACCACCAACGUGCAGCUCGGCGCCUCAUACCCAGUCUCACAGCAGUCCACCUCCAAAUUCUCCGCCGGCCACGUCGCGGGCGCAAAAUACAUCAACGCCUCUCCGGACCAGGUCGUCUUCGGCCCUUCCACAACACAGCACUUCCGCAACCUCAGCACGGCGCUGAAGACGGAGCCUGGCGAUGAGAUCGUGCUGAGCAAGUUGGACCAUGAGGCCAACGUCGCGGGCUGGCUGCAGAUGGCCAAAUGGCGAGGUCUCAAGGUCGUCUGGUGGGUCCCGUCGAAAGACACGGACAGCAACCCGAAACUGGUACCCGAAGAUUUACGAAAGCUGGUCAAUGAUAAGACGCGCCUCGUGGCGUGCACACACACGAGCAACAUCCUCGGCACCGUCACCGACCUCGCCGCCCUGAGCGAGGUAGUCCACGCCGCGAAUCCCCGCGCCCUAUUCGCCGCCGACGCCGUAGCGUACGCGCCCCACGCCCCCGUCGACGUGCAAGCCUUCGGUGUCGACUUCUACUCCUUCUCCUGGUACAAAGUCUACGGCCCCCACGUAGCCAUGCUGUACGUCAGCCCACGCGCCCACCCCGAAAUCGAGACCCUGGGUCACUACUUCAAGACCACUUCCACGCUGGAAGAAAUGCUCGGCCUCGCCGCCGGCAGCUACGAGGCCGUGCAAGCCGUGCCGGAAAUCAUCGCCUACCUCUCGCGCGUCGGCUGGGACGCCAUCUCCAAGCAGGAAGAGCAGAUCCAGGAGAUCCUACUCAAAUACCUGCGCUCCAAACCCGACAUCAUCAAGAUCUACGGCGAGCCGAGCUGCGACCGCAAACUGCGCAUUCCGCUCGUGAGCUGGCGUGUCAAGGGCCAGAGCUCCUUGGGCAUCAUCGACGCGAUUGAGGCACGGUCGAAUUACGGGUGCCGCAACGGGCAUUUCUACUCGAAGCGGCUGUGUGAGGAGGUGCUGAAUGUCCCGGAUGCGGACGAUGGGGUGCUGCGCUGCUCGCUGCUGCACUACAACACCGUGGAAGAGGUGGAGGGGCUAGUGAAAGUGCUGGACGAGGUGAUCACAGAGGGGGCAGGAAAGAAUCCGCAGGGCGGGGAGGGGAGGAACGAUGUCUCAAAUUGGUAG